AAAGCCGCAGGGGCUCUAAAAGGUAGAAGGGUUCGCGGUAAACUUACCGUUGACGGCAGCGGAGUCGACUCUGAAGAAUGUUCGCGCUCCAUUGCAGCUUGGUUUCUCUCGCUCCAGUCUUCUCUCCUUCCUUUUCGUUUGGUUCCUCCCUAUCCCCAGCGUCCUCUCUACUUGCUCCUCCUCUUCUUACCAAGAAUAGUUUUCGGUUGGGUAAUCCUUGCGAUGCAUCAUCGUACUCGGACCAGAAUCGAAAUGGAAGCCGUAUAAGGAACCCUAGCCUCGCUUCUACUGCUAGAGAAGGAUUAGAUUCCAUUGCAGGUGAUGGUGAAGUUGAAGGGGAUGCGCGAUGUCCUGGGACGGCGAAGGGGUCGGGGACGACGGCCCGAGGGAGGCGGCUUCUUAAAGUGAGGGAGGAGAAGCGGAGGAGGGAGUACGACCGCUUGCAUAACUACCCGACCUGGGCUAAGAUAUUAGAGAACGCCUGCAGAGAUGAUGCUGAACUCCGUGCAGUUCUUGGGGAUAGCAUAGGGAACCCAGAACUUAUGAGAAAAAGGGUUGAAGAAAGGAUUCGGAAGAAAGGUGGAGACUUUCGCAAGUCAAAAACAGGAUCUGUCCUUGCUUUUAAAGUUAGCUUUAGAGAUUUUAAUCCUUUAGAUUCUUUUAUAUGGUUUGAACUGUAUGGUGCACCUUCAGAUCGUGAUGUUGACCUUCUUGGUAGUGUUAUUCAGUCAUGGUAUGUUAUGGGACGUUUAGGAGCUUUCAACUCCUCUAAUUUACAGUUGGCAAACUCAUCCAUGGAUUACAAUCCACUAUAUGAUUCUGAUAAAGCUGCUCAAGCAAUGCCUUCAUCCUUCCAUGAUAUUGGCGAUGUUGAAUUCCAGGACAACUGGGGAAGGGUUUGGGUGGACCUUGGAACUGCUGAUUUCCUUGCUGUUGAUGUAUUGCUUAAUUGCCUUACUGUAUUGAGCUCAGAGUAUUUGGGCAUUCAGCAAGUGGUAUUUGGUGGACGACGGAUGGGUGACUGGGAAGAGGGCAUGACUAGCACAGAGGACGGUUACAAAAGUUCCAAAAUCUGAGAUGGAUUUAACGCUCUUACAUUCUUAGUUUCACAGUUGGUUCAUGUGAGAGCAUGCUGAGAUUCUUCUCGGAUAAAGAAAGAAAGCCAAUUAUGUUGUUGAGAUGUGUUAUUUGCUCACUUGUUAGUUCUCAAGCUUUAUUUAGCUCUUUGUUUAAGAAAGCAAUUCAAUGUGGAAUAGAUUUAAAUUUUACAUUUUCA